GUUGCCAGAUUGGGUAUGAUUACAUUCUUUUGGCUGGUUUUACCCAUUAUGCACUAAAAUAAACGCUUCAACCUGGUGGAUAAAUCCUUUAUGCGUGUUAACUUUGAGAUGUAGUUUUAUAAUGAGCUAGGUGGAAUUGGACCAGUUUUUGGUUUAGAAUUAGACUACUCAACCUGGCAACCCUGUCCGCAGCCAGCAAUGUGCCUGUGAAAGUGCUGUGAAUAAACACACGCACUCCGGAGGGUGCAGAAACAUUAACCCGGUCCCGUGAAUGUCCAAUUUACUGACGUGGACGAGGAGCGCGAUGGACGCGCGGUGAAUAUCGUCAUUUUCUAUCCGGACUGAAGAGGAUGGGAGCAGUAGCCAGGCACUGGAGAUGUCAUUCGGUCGGCUCCUGCGGCGUGCUUCAUCCAAAGCCUCUGACCUCUUGACCCUCAAUGCGGGCUCGGCGGGGUCACGGUCUGUGCAGGACGGGGAGAUCAUCUUCUCCAAAAACAACGUGUGUGUGCACCCGGCCGAGCCCGUGCCCGGCUUGCCCGAGCAUCACCCAGGUUACCUGUGUGUCCACCUGGAGAAGGAUGAGUCCCUGGGCUCUACUCUCAUCCUUACCUGGGUGCCCAACUCACGCAUUCAGCGGCAAGACGAAGAGGCCUUGCGCUACAUCACGCCGGAAAGCUCACCUGUGCGCCGUAACCCACGGCGCCGCCGUGCACGCCUUGCCCAGCCGCGCCCUCCACCCGCACAUGAAGAAGACGAGGAUGAGGAAGAGGCCCCUGAGUCCGGUCUGCCGCAGCAGGAAGAGGUUGAUGAAGGCUCUUGCGAGCUGUCGGCCGACGAGGUGAGCCGUGACAGCACGCUGGGUUCCGACUCGGACACGUUCUCCUCGCCGUUCUGUUUGUCGCCUGUUAGCGAGGCGCUGGCCGAGAGCACCAGCUCUGUCUUCCUGGACAAUGAUAGCAGGGAGAUGUGUGAUGAGUCCAUGACUCACUCUGCAAGCUCCGCCUCCAGCCUGGACAGCCACGCCCUCUCAGAGAGCAGUCAGUCGCAGGGUAUGCGAUGGGAGGAGCAGCAGAAAGUUCUGGCUGUAGAACAGCUGUGUGGAGUGUUCCGAGUGGACCUGGGACACAUGCGGUCCCUACGCCUCUUUUUCAGUGAUGAGGCCUGCACAAGCGGUCAGUUGGUUAUAGCCAGCAGAGAAAGUCAGUAUAAGGUCCUGCACUUCCACCAUGCUGGUCUGGACAAACUGGCCGAAGUCUUUCAGCAGUGGAAAUGCUGCAGGGAGACGCAGCUGAAGGACCAGGUGGCCGAUGAGAAGUCAUGCAUGCAGUUCUCCAUCCGCAGACCUACUCUUCCGUCCACAGAGACUCACCCAGAGGAACGUCUGUACCGGAGACUGGAAGUCAGCUCCUGGUUGCGACACCUGAACCACAACGGUCAAGUGGAGGAGGAGUACAAGCUCAGGAAGGCAAUCUUUUUCGGCGGAAUCGACUCAUCCAUUCGGGGGGAGGUAUGGCCCUUUCUGCUGCACUACUACAGCUACGACUCCACUUCAGACGAGCGUGAGGCCUGGAGGCUUCAGAAACGCACCGAGUACCAGGAGAUCCAGCAGAGGAGGUUGUCGAUGAGCCCUGAAGAACACAGUGAGUUCUGGAGGAAGGUGCAGUUUACAGUGGAUAAGGAUGUGGUGAGGACUGACAGGAGCAACAUGUUCUUUAGAGGAGAGAACAACCCUAAUGUAGAGAUCAUGAGACGCAUUCUGUUGAACUACGCGGUCUAUAACCCGGAGAUGGGCUACUGCCAGGGAAUGUCUGACCUGGUGGCUCCGCUCUUGACCGAGAUCCAGGACGAAAGCGACACAUUCUGGUGCUUCGUGGGUUUGAUGGAGAACACUAUCUUCAUCAGUUCCCCCAGAGACGAGGAUAUGGAACGGCAGCUGAUGUAUCUGCGAGAGCUUUUGCGCUUGAUGUUACCGCGGUUCCACCAGCACCUGAUGCGGCUCGGAGAGGAUGGCCUGCAGCUGCUGUUCUGUCAUCGCUGGGUCCUGCUCUGCUUCAAGCGUGAGUUUCCCGACACAGAGGCACUGCGCAUGUGGGAGGCCUGCUGGGCUCACUACCAGACGGAUUACUUCCAUCUCUUUCUGUGCGUGGCCAUCAUUGUCCUGUAUGGUGAUGAUGUCACAGAGCAGCAGCUGGCAACAGACCAGAUGCUGCUGCACUUUAGCAACCUCUCCAUGCACAUGAAUGGUGAACUGGUGCUGAGGAAGGCGCGAAGUCUUCUCUAUCAGUUCCGGCUGCUUCCCAGGAUCCCCUGCAGUCUGCACGACUUGUGUAAGCUGUGUGGGCCCGGCAUGUGGGACAGCCGUUACAUUCCCGCCGUCGAAUGUUCCGGAGAGCAUCCGGACUCGCAGAGCUGCCCCUAUGGAGGCAUGGCUACCCCGCAGCCCCCGCAGUCACCAGGCCGACCCAACGAGGGCAAGCGAGGCUCCAAAAAACGGGACAUCUUUAACUUUCGCAAGCAGCCAUGACUCUGGGCACAAAGCUCCACGAACCAUAAUGCCUAGCUCCCGACGUGCCAUUCGACAGGUUGAAUGGCUGAAGACAGGCUGCAGUGUCAUUAAUUUGAUUUAAAGAGAUAUUGGAAGGAUCACUGCCUACUCCAAACACAUAUUUAUUUUGUAAUUGAUCUCAGAAUUGAGAGGACUCCACGAUCAGCGCUGGAUUAAACUUCAUCUGCUAAAUGUCAGGAUUUCCAAGAGGACCAGUGAAAAAAGAAAAAAAAUCGAUUGUGACCUUUGUAACUGACAAAUCAUACAUAUUGAUAAUCGUUCUUAUUUUUUUCGUUCUUUUUUUUUUUUAGACCAUAUGCAUGUGUGCGAGUGAGAAACGUUACCAAAAGAUUUUAUUAUUCAAUUUCUGCAGGCAGUGAUUUCACUGCAGAAAGGGGAGCAAUUUGUCCAAAUUAUAGCUGAAAUACAGAAGGAUGGGGUUCAUGAUGCAAACACCCCCCCAAAAAAAAUAAAUAAAAACGACGACCUAUUUAGUCUUACCUCAUACAUAUAUUGGCAUACAGAGAAUAUAUAUUACAUACAGUGGAAUAUUAAAUAUGUUAUGUGUUUUGUUUUGUUUUUUUGUUAACAAAGCAAUAUAUAUAUAUUUAGACAUUUUUUCAGGAUAUUGGACAUAUUUUAUCACUAAAUACGUGAGCAAUACUUCCUGACACAGUUGUGCAUGCUAUGACUUUCAUUAGUACUAAUCAAGCAGUGAUGAGAUAUACAAUGUAAUGUCAAUCCCGCCGUAGUGCUGUCGGUUCGGUGCUCGGAUGACGGUGCCAUCACCUCAUGUGUUAAAAUCAUGACUGCGGCAGAAGGUCUUAAUCCGCUCUAUAAUGCCUCUCAGCACCGCAGGGGAGAAAAAAGCUCCAGUCCAAACCCAAGUGGGACUUUAGUCUAUAAUUACUUAAUCUGGAGACGUUAAGUCGCUGGAUGGAUGGCGUUCAGGGUUGCGCGUAUUUCGAUGACCGAGUUAGUGGGCUAAAGAUGGCCCGCAACUUAAAGGUUCCCCAGAGUCUGUUUGAGAGCAGCUCAGAGAGCAGCAAGCCGCAAAUUGCCGUUAAAAAGGCAACAUUAUUCUGCGGGAGCCGAGCUCAGCUUCUCCACACGCAGCCUCAGUAAAUGCAAUGCAUUACAGACCCUUUUAAAACCAUUAGACAUUUGAAAGGGUUUCUCAGAUAUCCAGGAGGGCAAAGGGACAUUAGUAUGGUUGGGGGAAAAAAAAUUGGAAGAUGGCAGUGAAGGCUUAUAUGUUUUGGUGUGCGCGUGUGUGUGUGCGUGCGCGUGUGUGUGGUUUUAUUCGUGUGAUUGCAAACUAGCGGCUAACCUACUUUGUCAUGCCUUCUUUAAAGCUUAAACCCUAACAUACAUACUCAGGGGUAGACAAAUUAUAAAUUCAUUAUUAAACCCACCAGGCAUGUGAAAGCUCCAGUGUGUUGCCCAAUUCUGCUUUUUGAAUCCUAACUGACUAAAAAGACUAAAAACUGGUAGCUAACAUACAGUAAUAUUAUAAACAGUUAGCUACAUUAGGCAAUUGAAUGAGUAUAGGAAUUCCCAGUGACAUGACAACUGUGUAGCUAUUGUCCCUAGACUUUACUGAUCAAGUUAUUGAUGUAGCAUAUUGUGUUUGGACCUCAAAAAAAGGUUGGAAAGAAUUUCAGCUAUUAGCCACAGUGUGCUCUCUUCAACUUUGCAAGCAAAAGGUUGUUUGAGGUCUGGCUAGUGUCUUAAUUUUCUCUCCAUACUGUAUACUUCAAUCUAUCCUUGUAUUAUAUGUACUAGUGCAUGCUAAUCAAUCCAUCUAGAAAGUAGGAAGUUAUUCUACUCGUUUUCAAUCAGGCCACCUGCCGAACGGAACCCAUCAGCUGAGCCUGCGUGUGUCUUGUAGCAUGCAGUGGGAUUCAGAACAAAUACUACGGGCUCUAAUGACAGCAUAGCAAUCUGUAGCAUUACAUUUAAACAUGAAACUUGUGUUGCAAACAUGACAAAACGGUGAGGUUUAUUUUCUUUCUCUGGUUGUUGACAUUUCUUGUGAACGCUAAAUCCGCUUGUACCAGACACUUAGUUGAGUUUUUUGACUAACAUUUAAUUUUUAAGUCUAUUAUGGGUGAAUAAUAUGUACGGUCAGGUCAAGCCAGAUUUGCAGGUUUCUCACACGCUAUUUUGAUGUGCGAUUAACCACUUAAACACAGUUACAAAGAAGAAAGGUGUGGACAUCCACAAACAUUUAAUAAUUCUUGCCAAACCUGACACUUCUUUGAUAAUUUUAUGUUAACUGCAUUUCUAGACUAUUACAUGAACACACAUGCUUACACAGACACACCUGCCUUCUUUGCCUUAAAGUUUGCUUUAAACCGUCAAGACGUGCACACCUGUAGCCUGGUGAAAUGUCAUGUAGAUUUGUGGCUAUCUGAUCUCCCCUGUUUUCUUUCUUUUCGUAUGAGUCUCUGGCUGUCUUUGGUGUUUGACUAGCUACAGAGAGCCAGACCAAAAGUCCUCGGUGUGCCUCUUCCCAUCCGGGGCUCAUUAUGCGGCUGAUUGAUUCGAGCCAGUUGCAUUCUGGACAAACAAAUCACAUUAAUGCACGAUCAAACGAAUGCACCGUAGGAAAAAAAACAAAAUAACAAGCCACUUUAUAUCUAGCUCUGCCUCUAUCUCUGAGCAUAUUGCUCCUUUUAUCUGCAAAAAUAAUGAUGAUAAGGAUAAUGAGUUGUUUUGGAUUGGAUUAGAAUUGCAUAUGGCGGUGGGUGGGUGGGGGCCACAGAAGAUUUGUUGUAUACCAUCAUUGUUUUCUCGAGAAUCAUCUGAACUCUGUUAAUAAUGUGGUUUAACUGUAAGGCCUGUAGCAGAGAUAGUAGAUUAAAACAGAACAGUUACCUAAAACCACAAGACGAUUCAUAUCUCAGAAGCAGUUGCAGUGUGUACACACAGUAGCUUCGUUUCUUUAUACCUUAUAUAUAUAUACAUGAUGCAUCAAUCAAAGAGAUUAUUACAUUUGUACAUUUUACAUUUCCCCUCUCCAUAGACCCCCACGGUCUCUAUCUCGUCAUCUUUCUUUCUCUGCAUCUGUCUGUCUGUCUGUCUUCCCCCUCCCUCUGUUUGAGCAGCAGCAUGGGGGUCGUGCGAGCCCCCUGCCGCUGCGAUUGCAUUGCCUGCUGUGCUAUUGGCCCUAAUUAUCAAUUACAGAGGCCAGGCGUCCCCACCUGGAGCAGGCCGAGGUGCUAAUAAGCCUGGACUGCUUCACCAGUCUUGCCUGUAUGUAUGUGUGUGUGUGUGUCAGCAGGGCUGGACGGGCCUCACUGCUGAGCUGCUAAUGGAUCCUGCACUGUCACACUCGGAGCCUGUAGUCGCAGGCCAAACCUUCCUCAUUAACACGCUUCCUCUCGCUGCCUGAUGCUCCACUGCUCAGUUCCGUCAUUAGAUUUUCCUAACGUUUUGCAUUGGAAAUACCACGCCGCUUAACUUAAUAGCAAAAAGAAUUUAGGUGUAUGGUAAAGCUGUAUGCAAAUAUUAUUUGUUUGUGCGGGCCAUAAUUGCAAAACUGUUAUCAUAACCUUUCACAGGGAUUUUAUGUUUGGAUGGUCAGCCUGUGGUCCAAAAUAUCACUGAUGCUCAAAAUCAGUCGGUUUCUGUUCCUCUAAAUACAAUAUUUAAUUAGAUUUCCUUCAACAACUUACUUGGAGUAAAAUGAGAAGUAACAGUCCAGGCUAGAGCCUGCAGUUCUUUAGAAUUUAAACAACUUCUUUCUAUUUAAAAUCAACAGAGAGAAUGAAUCAUUCGAGUGCCUGAUUAUAAUUUACGCUUUCUGAGUUUAGUUGAAAUUUAGCUUUUAGGAUGUGCACGACAAAUGCUUUGCUCUCAUUUCAGAAUUUGCAAAAGCAGCAAAAGGUGUUUUUUUUACUGUGCAAUAAUGCAUAUAGGAUGACCUCAAUACAUUAGAAUGAUGCAUUGCUUAUAGAACAAAGUAAAAAGAUCUGGUACAUAAUUCCCUAACCUAUCAAUUUUUGAUUGUCAAAACGGAUGUAAAACUUGACUGGAAAAACCACCGAGAAAUUUGCCUAUGUUGGUAUAAGGCAUAGUGUUGUGAAAGGCAUGCUUUCAAAUAAAUAAAAAAAUCUUGAAUGUUGUAAAUGUUACACAAAAACAUUGGCUGGUACCUACAGAUAGUUUUUGAAUGCUCCAGUGUUUUAUUUGUGGCUGCCAUUGAAAAAACUGAAUGUACACUGUGUGUGUGUGUGUGUGUGUGUGUGUGUGUGUGUGUGUGUGUGUGUGUGUGUGUGUGUGUGUGUGUUAAUGUUAAUGUUAAUCAGAGCCAUGCAUUAAUCAUAAAUAGGGAAAACUGUAUGAUGAGGGAUUAUAUUUAUUUUUCUAAGAUCUAUUGAAGAUUGAUGUAGAAUUAAGCAAAAACCUGAUGCAUAUGAAGAAUCGAUUACUUGUUGCAGUCUGACAUCCUAAAUAUAUCGUCCUUGGUGUCCAAUUUUAUCCACAUAGGGCCGGUGUGUCUGCAUUGUCUCUCUUAUGUGUAAGAUCGUUCACCUCUCAUGUAAUUUGCUGCCUUUUCUGUUCUGCUCUUUUAUGUGCCGUCACUUUGUUAAUUUCUGGCAGGUUUGUUUGUUGUCAGUCACCACAGCGGCCAUUUUUCAUGAUCACAACACCGAGUAGAACCUUUUCACGUUUACACCGACAACUCUGAAUGAUGUACCACAGCGUAAUUGUUUGUACUGUAUUACACUACAGACUUGUGUCUGAUUCAACAAUGUUCUCCAAAAAAGAAUAAUAAUAAAAAAGGCAAAUUCAUAGGACACAAAACAAUUUUUGUCUCUUUUAUACAUUAUUUGAAGCACAUCCUGUAGAUGUCAUGUAUUGUUUUGCAAAUAAAAAUGAAUUAUAAAAAGA